AUGUCCCAUGAUGCCCUCCACCCGGAGACGGCGAAUGGUGAACCCAUCGAGCGACAUGAUGAGGUCGACCUUGGCUCUAGCGACUCAGAAGGCAUGCAAGAGAGACUAGAAGUCAUCUUCGACAAGAAAGAUGCUCAGAGGCGGCGAGCAUCGCUUGUGCCAGAAGGCAGACCAUCCAGACCCUCCAACAAGCGGCAAAAGACUGGCUGCAUCCUUCACGCCAUGCUCGAGGGGAGGGUCAAAGAAGGCCAGUUUACGCCCAACCAAGCCGGCAUGUCUGCGUCUCAACCUACGGAUAAGAGCCCACCGGAGCUCGUGGAAGAUGUCGAUGAAUCUAAGGAAUCGAGACUUCUGACGAAAAAGCAGCUGUCAGACAUGGCAGCACACGUACGGAAUCUCUCGAAGAAACUGAGCCACGUCCGCUUAAAGCUUAACGUCCGCAACGUAUUCAUCCUCACGAAAGCACAUGACCAGACCCUCAUCGGCAAAACCCGAGAAAUGGCCAACUGGCUCCUCCACUCCAAGAACCCGGAAGGCCACCCCUACAUCGUCUGGGUCGAAGAGACCAUGCGCAACAGCACCUGCUUCAACGCCGACUCCCUCACCUCCCAAGACCCCACCGCCAAAGACCGCCUCCGCUACUGGACGAACGAACUCUGCCGCAAACGCCCGCACACCUUCGAUAUCGCCGUCUGUCUCGGCGGCGACGGCACCGUGCUCUACGCCUCCUGGCUCUUCCAGCGCGUCCCACCACCCGUGAUGUCCUUCGCUUUAGGAUCCCUAGGCUUCCUGACCAAAUUCGACUUCGACCACCACGCCGACAUCCUCACCCGCGCGGUAAGCGAAGGCGUUACCGUCUCCCUGCGCCUCCGCUUCGAAGGCACCAUCAUGCGCUCCCAGCGUCGUGAGAGCGAAGAACAGCAGAAUUCCCGCGACCUCGUCGAAGAGCUCAUCGGCGACUUAGCCGGCGACGCCACCUCCCACCGUCCCGACGGCGUGCACAAUAUCAUGAACGACAUUGUGCUCGACCGUGGUCCAAACCCGACGAUGAGCGGGAUCGAGAUGUUUGGCGAUGACGAGCACUUCACUACUGUUCAGGGAGACGGCGUCUGUGUAGCGACGCCAACUGGAUCUACGGCGUAUAACCUCGCUGCGGGCGGGAGUUUGUGUCAUCCGGAGAACCCUGUCAUGCUGGUGACGGCGAUUGCGCCGCAUACGUUGAGUUUCCGGCCGAUUAUCCUGCCGGAUACCACGGUGCUAAGGUUAGGGGUUCCUUAUGAUGCGCGGGCGAGCUGUUGGGCGAGUUUUGAUGGGAAGGAGAGGUCUGAGUUGAAGCCAGGGGACUACGUGACCAUCUCAACCUCUCGGUUCCCGUUCCCAACAGUCCUGCCACUAGAGCGGAAGGGCGAGGAUUGGGUAGAUAGUAUCUCCAGGACGCUAAACUGGAAUAACAGGCAACGACAAAAGGCAUUCGACGAUCUGAAGAAGACGGCAUCGGAAGUACAACAUAAAGCUGAUGUGGUUUGA